CAGGCUCCUCCCCAGGGGGGUGCGGUCUCACGGCCCAAUUUUUCAGCACCUUACACUUUUGGUCAGUUAGUGAUUGACUUGGCAUCACUCAAGCUCUGCAGUUGGGAUUUGUGCUACGCUGUGGUGAACAUGAAGUUCUCUAUUAGCAUCUUUCUGCUGACCUGCUUCACUCUCAUGGGACUUGGUUCAGCAAUUCGCUGCUACAGUUGUAAAGACUACACGGCCAGUUGCUCCAAACAACGAGACUGCAGCUAUGACGACGCCUGCCUGACGCUCACAGAGAGAGGAGGGAUGACCUUCCGCCAGUGCCUGAAAUAUUCAGACUGCGAGUACAGCCGCCUGGGACAGAUGUUCCCACAGGUGUCCAGUUUUACAUUCAAGUGCUGCAACUCGGAUCUGUGCAACUCCGCCCAUUCUGCCACAGCGAGUUCUCUGAUUGGUGUGCUGGCAUCCGUAGCCGCCACAUGGUGGGUGAUCCGCUAAUGCCGCCGAUUUGACGACUCAUCCCAGCUUACUGUCAAGCUAUCAAAGUCCAUGUGGAGCUAGCUGAUUAUUGGUUGGACAUGUGUCUUUUUUCAAUUUAUUUUUCUAUAAAUACUCACUGACGUUUGUAGAAUUUUAAUGUGUUUCCAAUUUAAUUAAUGUUGAACAAUGAAACAAAAACAAAUAGCACUUCAAGACUGGUCUCAUGAUGAUAAGGACAUAGAAAAGUAAAAUACUAGCAGUUGAUGAGUCUUGUACAUAAUUGCAAGGGACUGGUUGUAAUGGUAAAACCACAUAAAUAUGUAAGAAGAUGUAAAUGUACACAAAAAUCACGUGAACAAAAUGCAAAACAAACUGCUAAUCUCUUGUGUAAACGGACAUAUUUGAUGACAUUUAAAAUGAAUCAGCAACAGUGCAAUAGUUAGUCUUCAUUUUGGGAAAUGACGCGGGCGACUACAGUAACAGUUUGACCAUUCUGAAUUCUUAUGCUGGCUUAUUAUGCUCUUUAAAUGCCUCUGGAAGUUGCGUUUGCACUGUGCUACUUAAAAAAAAAAAA